AUGUCGUGGCGAGGCCGUGACGAGAGGAACACGAGGUGGGGCGACGACGACAGGUGGGCCGAGGGCAGGCCGCGCUCGCCCGUGUGGGAGUCGCGGCGGAGCGCGAGCCCCGAGCGACGGGAACCGCGCGCCGAGCGCCACCACCACGAUCGCUUCGACCGCGACCGUGACCGCUACGACCGCGAUAGGGACGAGGACCGCGAGCGCCGCGACCGCUACCGUCGCGAGCGGUACGACAGACCCCGCGACCGCGACCGCCGCAGGUCGCCCAAGCGUUACGAUGACCGUGAACGUGAUGUACCGGCACCGCCAUCCCCGCCCAACAUUAGCGAAUUAGAUCGCAAAGCCAGUUCUAGGUCUAGCAGCCGCUCCAACAGUCGCGACCGUAUGGACUUAGAGUACGACAAUAAGUACGACGGCAGGGACAAACAUGACGACAACCAGGCCAUCAAUGCAUCCCCGGGGGAUUGGUUUUGUAAGUGUGGACUGUACAACUUCAAGCGGCGUCAGGUGUGCUACAGACGGAACUGUCAAGGAAAGAGGUCAGAUGGCAUUGUGUAUGGAGGUGACAAUGACAGGAAUCUGUUAUCAGAAAGCGCCGGCAUCACUAAACGAUUGUUGUUCAGAAGGUUGGAUGCAUUGACCACGGAGGAGAAAAUAUUAGAAGUUAUAAAAGAACGAUGCUCAAAGACUGUUUUAGAUUCCAUUGCAGGCAUCACUAUUGGUAGAGAAACUCUAACUGGCGCAUCCAAGUGUUUGGCUUACAUUAAUUUCAAUUCCAUUGCUGACUCUACAGCCGCUCACUCUGAGCUAGCUUCCCUUCAGCCUCCACUAGAAAUUGAUGGAAGGGAGGUUCUUGUCAGUUUCUAUAAUGAACCUAAGAAAAUUUCUAAACCCCCUAGUGCAGACUAUUCUUCCUACUAUGCUCAAAUGUCUAAUUAUAAUUCGUCAGCUCAGGCAAUGUCUGAGGCAGACAGAGUGAAUGCAGCCGCUGCUGUAGCCCAGUCUGCCAUAUCUGCAGCCCAAGCUCGCCACCUAGCGUGGACUCCUGUUAGUGUCCCAGUAUUUGUGACUUCUACUGCACAAACUGCCCCUUCAGUGAAAGUACCAACUGGUGAUGGGAAAACUGUGUAUAGUCCCCCGGAUGUAAGAACUUUUAUGUAUGAUGAGACUUCUGGGUAUUACUAUGACCCAGCCACGGGCUUGUACUAUGACGGUACUAGUCAAUACUUCUAUAACAGCCAAACUAGCCAAUACAUGUACUGGGAUGCGGCCAGUAAUACUUACAUAGCUGCCACGCAAGCACAUCAAAACACUGAGCAGCCUAAACUGCCAAACCCACCCACAGCCACCUCAGAGAACACCAUUGCUAAAGAGCCAGAGGAAAAGAAGAAGAAAGACAAAGAAGAUAAAGUCAAAGUUGCCAAAAAGAUAGCUAAAGAUAUGGAGAGGUGGGCAAGAACUUUAAACCAAAAGAAAGAGAAUGCUAGGAGUAAUAUUGUUAUGGAACAGCCCCUAGAUGUAGGAGCCAGUAAGGGAUCAGCUGACAUAGGCUUUUCUGUGUUGGGCUCUGGUCCAUCUCUGACACAUGUCAGGGAGAUAUCACCACCACCCACCGGAGAUGAUUUUCUAAUGAAAAAAGUGUCAGACACUGAGAACACGUUUGAUAGUGAUGAAGGUAUUAUAGAUUGGAGCAAACUAACCUGUCUCAUUUGUAAGCGACGGUUCCCGUCUGCUGAUGUACUGAACAAACACAAAUCACUGUCAGACCUCCACAAACAGAACCUGGCCGAGUUCCGCAAGAAGAACGACCUGAUCCCGCAAAUGAACGGAUACAGAGACAGGGCGGCAGAGAGGCGAAUGAAAUUUGGUGAAGACGAAACGCCCAUCAUACGCAAGCGCUAUGACCCGCCUGACUCUAUGCCUCCACCGAUGGCGCCGCAUCCUCCACCAUCAGUCGUUGACACUAUUGGAGGUAAGAUGCUACAAAAGAUGGGCUGGUCUGAAGGCCGAGGCCUAGGUAAAGAAGAGCAAGGAAGAAUUGCUCCCAUUGAAGCUGAACAGCGACCGAGUCUAGCAGGGCUAGGCCAGAAGCGAGGUAUUUAUACUCCAACCCCUGGGGAGACAUACAGAGAUACUGUUAAAAAGCUAAUGAUUGCAAGAUAUAAGGAGGUUGUCGGACAGGAGGAAGGGAAAUAG